GGUCACUAAUCACAGUGUGCGUGGAAGGAGCACGGCAGUCGUGGAGCUCGGGGCCGUCCGGACACUUUUUUCUCGGCUGUUUUCUACCCCAAUCCCACUCAAACUGUCGCCAUGUCGCCCACACGCACGUAAACGUGUCAUGAUGCAGCGGCCGGAGCGCAAAGCCUCCUGGGAAGUGUAGUCGACUCGCUACCACAGUCAUGUUCGCCGAGGAAUAACACGGUGUAGCCCCCCGAAGGCGCACCACAUCUCGCUUUUUCCAUGGACAACACGUCCAUCAUAACACAGGUUGCAAAUCCCAAAGAGGAGGAAAGCAUUUGCGCGAGUCAAGACAAAGUCUCCCAGUCCAACAGCAGCCUCAAGAAGCACCGAAGUCGGAGCAUUUUCAGCCCCUUCUUCUGCUGCUUUCGCAACUACAAUGACUACCACGUGGAGCCGCCGUCCGCCAACAAUAAGUCGCACGCCCUGCCGCCGCCGCCACCUCCCGAGGAGAACGGCGCUCCUCCCAAGUGUGACCAGGUGCAGGUUGCCCCCAUCCCCAGUCCUCCAGCCAAGUUCCUCCUGCCUGAGGUCAGUAUAGCAGACUAUGGCAGGAACUGCGUGGUGAUCGACCUGGACGAGACACUCGUUCACAGCUCUUUCAAGCCCAUUAGCAACGCAGACUUCAUCGUUCCGGUGGAGAUUGAUGGAACUGUUCAUCAGGUGUACGUGCUGAAGAGGCCUCACGUGGACGAAUUCCUGCAGAGGAUGGGGGAGCUGUUUGAGUGUGUCCUCUUCACCGCCAGCUUAGCCAAGUACGCAGACCCCGUGGCAGACCUCCUGGACCAAUGGGGGGUGUUCCGCGCUCGACUCUUCAGGGAAUCCUGUGUGUUCCACAGAGGAAACUACGUCAAAGACCUCAGCCGGCUGGGCCGAGAGCUCGGCAAGGUCAUCAUCGUCGACAACUCGCCCGCCUCCUACAUUUUCCACCCCGAGAACGCCGUGCCGGUGCAGUCGUGGUUCGACGACAUGGCCGACACGGAGCUCCUGGAGCUCCUGCCGAUCUUCGAGGGCCUCAGCAAGGAGGACGAUGUUUACAGCCUCUUACAGAACCUGAGGGACAGGUAGCGGGAAGCGGACCCCUGCGUAACUCCCCCCAAAAAGACUCCAUGUACAUACUCCAUGUUUUUAAGAGGAACACAUACUUCAAACAAGUACUUUUUCUAUCAAAGUCAUAUUUUAGUUACCUAAAAAAAAAAACAAAAAAAAAAAAAAAAAAAGAGAUUGUGUUCCAGUGUGGGUGACUUUUUUUUUUUUUCUCGUGCAAUAUGUUAUUUUUUCUUCUCUUUCAGAAUGAAGUGCCUUUACUUACAUUACUGUGCUCGUUUUCUCAUGUCGGGUGUAGGGGGGCGUUCCUCAAAUCCCCCCACUCUCCCUGCCAAAAAACAAAGAAACAACAACAAAAAACAUACAAGCUAAGCGCUAAUCUGAAUUAUUGCCACACUAUUUAAGAAGAAAAUAUGAUUUUGUUGGAUUAAAUUAAUGACAAGUUACUGUUUUGAGUGAUUUCAUUUCUUUCUGAGGAAGCGCAUCAGCAUCCACUGAUUAAAUGUUGAGAAAAAAAAAUAUUGAUUAGCAUAGAUGAUAUGAAAAUCUAUUUAUUGGGGGGUUCAGCAAAAGGUUUCGGGUGCAUAGUAAUAUAUUGAAAAAAAAAACAAAAUGGUACUGUACAACAUGAUUAAAACUGCAAGUUUGCACACA